UUGUGUGUGAGGAUGAUAACAGCCACAAGCAUGUCAAUGAAGAAUCCAGUUGGUUUAAGAUUGAUGAUGUUUAUGCUGUUUGUGGUGUCGAAGGUUGUUAAUGGAGAACAGCAAAUGAAAUGCCUUCCAAAGGAGAGGGAAGCACUCCUCCAAUUCAAGGCUGUCAUUGUCGAUCCCUAUGGCAUGCUAUCAUCUUGGACCACUCCUCACUGCUGCCAAUGGGAGGGAAUUCACUGCAGCAAUCUCACCUCCCAUAUUCUCAGUCUCGACCUUCACGGAGACUUUUACCAAUAUCGUUAUGUGAGCGGAGAGAUCCACAAGUCGUUGAUGGAGUUGCCACAAUUACAGUAUUUGAACCUCAGUUCUAAUUAUUUUCCAAACACUCACAUCUCAGAGUUUUUUGGUUCUCUCAAAAACUUAAGAUAUCUUGAUCUCUCGUCAUGUGGUUUUGGAGGAGAAAUUCCAAGUCAGUUAGGCUAUCUUUCUCAUUUGAAAUACUUAAAUCUUGCUUCUAAUUCUCUGAACAGUUCAGUCCCUUAUCAGCUUGGAAAUCUCUCCCAAUUGCAGCAUCUUGAUCUCAGAGGCAAUGUUUUUGAAGGAAAUAUACCGUUCCAACUUGGAAAUCUCUCCCUGUCUUGGAACUUUCAAAAUCAACGAUGGAGGUCAGUGGCUCUCAAAACUCAUUUCUUUAACCCAUCUUUCUUUGGAACAUGUGUCAAAUCUUAAUCCUUCUCAUACUUGGUUGCAAGUGAUUGCAAAGCUACCCAAACUAAGAGAACUAAGUUUAGUUCAUUGUAGCCUUUUCGAUCAUUUCAUUCUGUCAUCCAAAUAUUCUAAGUUCAAUUUCUCUACUUCCCUCUCUGUCCUUGAUCUAAGCGAUAACACCUUCACAUCCCCAAUGGUAUUCCAGUGGGUCUCAAACAUCACUUCCAACCUUGUUGAGCUUUACCUUCAUGGUAAUCACUUGGAGGGUUCCACAUCAAGUGAUUUUGGCUUGCGCAUGAAUUCGCUUAGGCAUCUUGACCUCUCCGGUAAUAAUUUCAAGACCAGGGAUUUGAAAUCCUUCAUUAAUAUAUGCACCUUACAUUCUUUAUUCUUAUAUUUAAACAAUUUGACUGAAAACCUUCCCUCCGUUCUCGGUAAUUUGUCCAGUGGAUGCGUUAGACACUCAUUGCAAGAAUUGGAUCUCUCAUAUAAUCGCAUCACUGGCACUUUGUCUGACAUUUCAGUAUUCUCCUCUUUGAAAUCAUUGUUUCUUGGUGUAAAUCAGUUAAGUGGAACGAUACCUGAAGGUGUGAAAUUACCAUCCACUUUGGAGGAUUUUUCAAUUAGCGUAAAUUUCUUUGAAGGUGGAAUUCCAAAAGCAUUUGGCAAUGCAUGUUCUUUGUUAUCAUUGCACAUAUCUGAUAAUGGCUUGAGUGAUGAUCUUCCGAUGAUAAUUUCUCACUUGUCUGGAUGUGCUAGAUAUUCAUUGCAAGUAUUAAAUCUACAUGCUAAUCAAAUCAAUGGCACACUACUACCUGACUUUUCAACAUUCACAUCUUUACAAAGACUAGAUCUUUCUGAAAAUAAGCUAAAUGGAGAGAUUCCUAUGAACAUUCAAUUUCCACCUAAAUUGGAGAAGCUUUACAUCUAUUCAAAUUCUUUAAGGGUGUGUUGACUGACUACCACUUUGCCAAUAUGUCUAAGUUAGAGCACUUGGAUUUAUCUGACAACUCAUUGGCCUUGACAUUUACUCAAAACUGGGUUCUACCUUUUCAAUUGCUAUCUAUAUACUUGAGAUCUUGCCAAUUAGGUCCAACAUUUCCCAUGUGGUUGCAGACACAAAAUAAAUUUGUCCAUAUUGACAUUUCAAAUGCUACAAUAUCAGAUAUUAUUCCUGAAUGGUUUUGGCCCAAAUUAGUUCUACAAAAAGUGCUCACAGUGGAUAUUUCAUCCAACAAUCUACAAGGUACAAUUCCAAAUGUUUCAUCAACAUAUGUUUCUACUUUCAUGAACCUUGGAUCAAAUCAAUUUGAAGGUUCUAUUCCUCUAUUUCUAAGGAAUUAUGCAAUUCUUGAUUUAUCGAAAAAUAAAUUUUCAAAUACUCUUUCAUUUUUGUGUGAAGAUGAUGCAAUUUCAAUUCAAAUUCAUUUAGACAUUUCAUAUAAUCAGUUAUCCGGAGAUAUCCCAGAUUGUUGGAAACAAAUGAACUCACUAGUUUAUUUAGAUUUAAGCCACAAUAACUUUUCUGGAAAAAUUCCAACUUCAAUGGGAUGGCUUCUUGAUCUUCAAGCAUUAUUGUUGAGAAACAACAAUUUAGUAGAAGGAAUCCCUUUCUCUAUAAACAAUUGCACAGAACUAAUAAUGCUUGAUUUGUCAGAAAACAAAUUGUCAGGACCUAUCCCUGAUUGGAUUGGGACAAUAGAAGAGUUGCACAUAUUAAGUUUUGGAAAAAAUCAAUUCUUUGGGAGUUUACCAACCACGGUUUGUUGUUUAAGAAACAUCCAACUCUUGGAUCUCUCACUAAACAAUUUAUCUGGAAAAAUUCCAAAAUGCAUAAACAACCUUACUUCAAUGACCGAAACAACAUAUUUUGCAAGUCAUGCAUAUGAGUUGAAAAAUGGUGAUCAUAUUCUUAAGACAUAUGAUUUGAAUGCAUGGUUGACAUGGAAAGGCUCAAAACGAAUGUUUAUGAAUAAUGGUUUGGAACGUUUAAAAAACAUUGAUCUCUCAAGCAAUCAUUUCUCAGAAGAUAUUCCUGUAGAAAUAGAGAAAUUAUGUGAAUUGAUUUCAUUGAACUUAUCAAGAAACAAUUUGAUUGGGAAAAUUCCUUCAAACAUUGGAAACUUAACAAAGCUUGAGACUCUUGAUUUGUCAAGAAACCAGUUUGUUGGUUCAAUUCCUUCAAGUCUUGCUCAAAUUUAUGGUCUUAGCGUGUUGGAUUUGUCCCAUAAUCAUCUAUCGGGAAAAAUUCUAACAAGCACACAAUUACAGAGUUUUAGUACAUCCAGCUAUGAAGAUAAUCUUGAUCUUUGUGGACCACCACUUGAGAAGUGUAGUGAGGGUGAGUCCCCACAAGAACCAAAUAUUGAAGUUGAUGAAGAUAAAUAUUCAUUUUUGAAUAAAGAUUUUUUUAUAAGUAUGGCAUUUGGAUUUGUUGUAAGUUUCUGGAUAGUAUUUGGCUCAAUCUUAUUCAAGCGUUCUUGGCGACAUGCCUAUUUCAAGUUCUUAAACAACUUAGAAGACAUUCUUCAUGUCAAAAUAGCGCUCUUCGCUAGACUACUUAAGCUCAGAGAUUAAAAGGCACUUGAAACCCAUCCUCUUGGACGACUCCACCUUUGAGCUUGUUAUGCUUAAUGGUUUCAUUAAGUAUUGUGUUUGUAGUGAAAAAUAAAUUGUCAUACAUAUUAUUAACAAUUCGCUCUUUUUUUUCCUAUAAUCCAAACUUCAGUCUAAAAUAUUUUAGUUAAUUACAUUUCAUAUA